GUUUGAACACAGUCGGUGUCUGCGGGACAUCUGUGCGGAGAAAAAUAGCUUCUUAGCCCAUGAGAUUCCUCCUCCUGUAUGAAUAAAUACAGUAUUCUGAUGAGUGUCUGGGGACAGAGGCAGUCAAAUUCACGGGGAAGCAGUCGCCACAGCCGACGGCGUUGCUUGAAUUCACGGCGUCACAUUUGCCGAAACCACAGCAGAACGAAGCCCUCUCUAUCCACUGGUGGCUUUGGUGGGUGCGUGCGGGUUUAUCCUUCCUGUUUGAAAAAUCAAUACAAGUUACCUACGUACGACUGCCCCUCGUGGUUGCCAGCAGCUAAACGCAAAUCGAGAGACUUGUGGACGAUUGUCGCCUGCGUCGUAGUGAGCAAGUGGUGAAGUUAUAUACUUCCUCGUCCGCGAAAGCUUGCUUUUGCUCUUGGAACAUGAGCAACAAUAUUGCGCCGCUCCUGCUCCAUUGAGAUUGAAACAACAACCACGAUCUUCAACAACAACAACAAACAACUCUCGAGCCUUUGCAAGGCCGCGCGCUCAUUGUUGUUUAUUGCACCAAGGGCGUCGAGGCUCUUUGUUAACCGUGCACAGAGAACGUGAAGAGAAAAUCCCACCCCGCCAAUAUCUCGCCUCCUUAUCUUCGCUUUGACGGUGCUUUAUUGUUCGCCAGCUUGGCGUGUGUGUGUGUGGACUUUGCUUGGCAAAGUCUCCUUUUUAAAUACACGGACAAAGUGCCCCUACGAAGACAGCUGCUGACAACACAAAGACAAAGAUCCCCCGCGUAGACAUUAUGUACAUUCUGGUGCAAGCGCCGCAUUAGCGUAGUGCCCCUAAAGCCCGGCACACAAAGACACUCGACUGUUACAGUCGACAUCCUGGUCCACAUGUCUUGUGACGCCCCCUCCCCCACACCCCCACUCCGCUCCUCAUUGCCUUCGCGAUGGCUGCGAGUUGGGAUGGGAAAAACCCAGCCGAGUCAACUUUGACUCGCACCACCACAACAACCACAACAACCCCGCUUCCCCUCCCUCCCUCUAGGGCGGGGAAAUUCCACCACCACCACCACCACAGUUUUAAAAGCGCGGUCUUGUCAACGCUGCUGGUGUUAAUCUGGGCGGGGUGGUGGUUUUUUUCUCUCUAUUUCUGCUUCUCUCUUUGGCUCACCUCCCAGACCCUUUAAAAGUCCCCCCCCCCCGGCCGAAGGUCUGGUAUUUUGUCUGUUCUCGCCGACGGUGACUACUUAAAUAAUUAUAGAGCGAGCUGUGGGAAGUUUCCACUUUUGCUUGCUGAACGGCUCUCCAUGCCCUGUAUAUAAAAGGUCGGCUACGGUGAAGGGAGGGGGCGUUAGUUUGAACGAUUGCGCUGCGGUGGUGGGAUUCUGGUUAUAAGCUUUGUGACCAUCGAUGGCAGCGCCUUACUAAUAUCGCACACUACUGCCUGGGUGCUCAUUGGUAGUUGUGACAACGUCAAUCCGGCAACGCAGGAGGUUUUGCCCGUUUCGUUUGUAUAGUGGGAACCCCCCCCGAGUUAAAUGCUACGUCUGAGUGAACAGUCAUCUCAGUGACUGCCAACUAGAGGACUUUCUUCAGCCAGACAGAAGCCACUGCAACAGCAGCAGCAGCAGCGGGAAACAAACCCCUCCGUCACAUUCACACUUUCAAGAGAUGGGAGUUCUAGAUUCCGGUCCCCGUCGUUGCAUCUUGCGUCCAGCAGCAGACGACGGCGACGAGGUGGCUGCGGCGAUGACGGCGACGGUGGCGGAGGUCGCGGCAGACGUGAAGAAUUCCCUGCCCAAGAGCUUCAGCAGCUGCAACCUGGUGAGGGCCACCAGGAUCCGAGAUGCCGUGGCCGAUGACCUCCGUGGGGGUCGCGAACCGUGCUUUGGCGGCAUGCACACCCGCUCGGUGGCCCUGUUCGGCUUGGGGACGUACAGCGAUGGCUUGAGGAGGCAACUGGAGAGGCAUCUGCUGGAGAUGGAGAUGCAGGUGGAGCUGGAGAGGAGGAGGCUCCUCAACUGGUGCCCGCAGACGAGGCGUCUCUACCCCCUGAAAACUCCCGGCGACGGGAACUGCUUGGUGCAUGCGGCGUCGCUGGCCAUGUGGGCCGUGUCGGACUCGGAGUGCACGCUGCGAUCCGCCAUGCACUCCUCGCUGUGCGACCCGGGGCUCGCCGCGAACUUCCGCCGCCGCUGGAUGAGGAGCCGCGCCUCCGCCGACGGAGCGGAGGAGCUCGGAUUCCGAUAUUCCACACGGGACUGGGAGGAGGAGUGGAGCAAGGUGGUGGAGAUGUCUAGGCCUACGGAACACUCGUCACGCGACGGCUUCCGCUUUCAGUCACUGGAGGAGAUUCACAUCUUCAUCCUGGCCAAUGUGCUGCGUCGACCCAUCGUCAUUAUCUCAGAUGUCGUGCUGAGGAGUCUCGCCAGCGGGUCCACCCUGGCGCCUCUAAACAUAUCCGGGAUCUACCUGCCCCUCAACUGGCCUGCGAGCGCAUGCUACCGCUACCCGCUCGUGCUGGGCUUCCACAACGGACACUUCGCCCCCCUCGUCUGCAUGCAGGACGGCCCAGCUGCCGAGCAGCUCAAACAGCACGCGUUCCCGCUGGUGGACAGGCACCGUGCCACCCUCCCCCUGCAGUUUCUGCUGCCCGAGGAGGAGCAGCACAAGACGUUGCUGCUGCAGGAGUACAUGGACACUCAGGAGGUGGCGCUGCCAGUCCAGAGAGCCUCCGCCCCCAUCCUCAUUGCAAGGUUGCCACCUGUGAAUACGGGCGACGACCUGGAUCUGGUGAGCGACUACCGAGAGGUGGUGGAACGAAAAUUCCGCGCCAGCACGGUCCGGGCGCCAACCUCUGCCCUCCGAGCUCCGGUGGCCCGGCGCGCGGACGAUGCCGCCAACGCGAUGUACUCGGCCACCAACGAGGCGUGCAGCACGCCGGGCUGCGGCUACAUGCGCUCCGUUCACACGGGCGCCUUCUGCCACGAGUGCAUCAAAAAGCUCCGCGCCGGCAGCGCCGGUGUUGUCGGCGGCACCGGCGGCUUCGGCGACGCGGUGGGAAGGAGGGCGCUCGCAACGACUCCGCAUUUGGAAGCCCCAGAAGCGGCGGAAGCUCGCGACGCGGAAGUCCGGGGUGCCGCUGCGCCGCCUCCGCCGUCGCCGACCGGCGUCUUGCCGUCGGCGCCGGAAGUUCCGGCGCUCCUCGCGGAACCGAGCGGUAUGAAGUGCUCCUCGCCCACGUGCCCCUUCACAGGCGACCAGACGCUCUCGGGCUUGUGCCAGAACUGUUUCCACCUCCGGCAGGGACGCCGCUCGGCCAGCGUAGACGUCGGCGGCGGCGGCGGCGGCGCCGGCGCCGCCGAGCUUCUGACCGGCGCCGGCGCCGGCGGCCACGCCGCGGAGCGCCGGCGCGAGGACGACGCGCACGACCGCUGCAGCGGCUGCGGGGAGGGGGCGGCGCUGGGCAGCAUCGCGCUGUGCCAGGCGUGCGUCGACAAGCCGUCGCUGGCGCCGACGAUCCGCCGCGAGGAGGGAGGCCGCCGGGCCGCCGAGCCGGCGCGCGGAUCGGCUGGGGGGGCGGCGGCCGUGGUCGCCGCGACGAUGGAAGCGCCCAGAAGCGAGAAGUGCAAGACUCCCGGCUGCGAUUUCUUCGGGACGGCGACGAAGGAGUUCUUCUGCACCAUCUGCUUCCUGCAGCACUUGGAGAAUAGAGCGGCGGACGAGACGCAGCCAGGCGGCCGGAACGCCGAGCCUCCCAGAGGGCCCCCCGCCGCAGGGCCUGCGAGGCAAGAGGGGUGCCGGGUUCAGUGCGUCACGCUCGCCUGCCGGCAACUCGGCAAACCCAGGCUGGACGGCUGCUGCACCGAUUGCUACCUGAACAGGGCUUCCGAACGCGAAGAGUGGGUGCCAGCCCUGGAGCUCAGAGCGGCUCCGGCAGCCGCUCCCAAGUGCCGCACAGAAUCCUGCGCGGACGACGCAACCACGGGUGGCACCCUGUGCGCCGCCUGCCGCUGCAGAAGCGAACAGCUUCGGCACACCCACCCGCAGCGGCUGCAGCGGAGGCAGACUUCCGGGGCGGCGGAUCGUCCCGCUGAGCGCGAGCCGGUGGUCGCGCGCCGGAACAAGUGCCGGGCUCCCGGCUGCGAGCACUACGGCAACGCCGGCUGCAACGGCUACUGUAACGAGUGCCACGCGAUGAUCCAGCUGUACGGACAGUGAUACGCGGGCGGGCGCACGACCCUGAGAUUCACAGCAUGGUUGACGGCGGCGAGAGGACGGAUUGGCCCGGUCACCGUGCCGAGCCCCUCUGCCGGAUUGGGCUGUCCCCGUAGCGGCGGUGGCGGUUGUGGCGGGGAAGGCGUCGGAGCCGAGAUGAGGCGGCGCAGCGGUGAGAUCGAUCCGGACGGAACGACCACAGUGACGGCGUUAGGUGUAAGCGGCUGGUUUCACGAGAAUAAAUAGGGCGCGUCAAUUAAACAGCUGUUGCUUUCGGGUCGUGCCGAUGACGUCCACGAGCUGGAACGGCACGACCGCGAACACCCACGCCGCGGUAGAAUGUUUGCCAUUGAAGUGUCUACGCUUCACUCAAGGUGGCGCAACAAUUUGUGGCGAUCUAUUCACCGGACAGUCCUCGCGAUUAAAUCCGCUGUGCUGCCAUUUGUGCCGGAGGUGGGCACGGUGGUACGGAGCGCACCGCCUCGUGGAAUCGUAUCUGGGUCGUGACUCUACAUCACUCUCAGAUCAUUCAAAUGAGCCCCAGUUUUUGUGGCACGUGUAGCAGUGGUUUUGCCAUGGAGGUCAGGAACCAUACGUGGCAGAGGAGACAUUUAGUGCUGUGCCACCCCACACUACUUUGAGUUGUAGUUUAAUUUUUUGACACAAGGUCACGCAUACAAAUUGCAUCUUAAAAUACUGUCGGAUUUCUGCCAGAGGAACCACAGAUGAUGCUUUGGGGGGGAGGGGGGGGGGGCAGGGGAGGAAAGGCAGCCUAAACCUGUGCAAAUAAAUGCCCAAGCUCUGUGGUCCUUGAGUUGGAUAUUUGGCCAACCCAAUGAACGGAGUGCUGGGAAUAAAUACGUGCGUGCGAGGGGGUGGUGGGUUUUGUUUCUGAUUUGGUGCUGUUUUCAUUUGGGACCAUAAUAUACAUGGCAGGGGGGGGGGUCAUGUUUCAGUGGUGUUCAGUGCAUAUAUAUGUGAAAAUACAUUCAGGGAGGCCAAUCACUAUGCAUAUGGAGAAGUGAAGUCAGUUUUGUGAGAUCGCUCAUCAAAUUACAGUAAAACCUUGGAUUGCGAGCAUAAUUCGUUCCGGAAACAUGUUUGUAAUCCAAAGCACUCGUACAUCAGUUGUGCUCACAUGACGCUCGGCAAACAAAGCGUGUAUACGUACACUACUCGUAUUGCAAGACCGCGCUCGUUUAUCAAAUUAAUAUUUGUUUAAAAAUUUUGCUCGUCUUGCAAAACACUCGCAAGCCAAGUUACUCACAAUCCAAGGUUUUACUGUAUUUCCUUUUGCUGUAAAUGUCUCCAGCUGGGAAUCUCACUCCACUCUGUCCAUAACUUACGGGUGGGGGGGGGGUUGCUCAGGUUUCAUUCCUCUCUGCGUCUCUGCCUCUAUUACACUGUGGCUGUGUGUGUGUUAUUGCCUGUGAGCCGUGUCUCAACUGGGUAGAACUUCCCCCCGGUAAAUAUCGAGGGGUUCUCCCAAAAACUAACAGAAAAUGAAUACAACCCCAGGAAGCGUGACCUUGAAAAUAACAAGCUGACAUUUGUUUGAGUGGCACCCGAAUAGAAUGCAUCUAAAGAGGCCGUUAAUUUAAUAGCAAAUGUUACACCCCAAACCUCACAACCUUCAAACCUCACAACCCCAACCCCCCGAACCUGGCCUCCCAAUUGUUUGUCAUCUCUCGCCGUGAUUUCGUCAUCUGGGACCGGGCAGGCGAUUCGUCAUUCGCACGCGCUGCUUAUGCCACAAACUAAGCACACAAACAAAACGGAGAGGGCAUUGCUGGUGCAGCAGCAGCAGCAGCCAAUGUGAAGAGCAAAACAUCGCAAAGCCCGAUCUUUACACAAGCCCAAUCUGGGAGUUUUUGCCAAAAAUGAUGACGUCACCCUGCUGCUCUAUUUAAGACCGAGAGCAAGUGGAGAGGGCUUUACCAUUCUGGCGAAUUGCCCGAUGAUGCUGGAUGUAAUUACCAGCGAAACGUCGUACUACUCAAACUGUAAAUGUUGUGGAUUCACUCUUCAACACACCGGUGGGCUAAAGUAGUGAACUAUUUUGUCUUUUGUCAACGUGACACUUUUUUUUUCUGAUUGGCCGUGUCGGGUGGUGGAGGGUUACAACACAUUUAUAAAUAACGCGAUCUAACUAAAAAACCUUUAUUAUGAAUAAUAUUGGUCGCGAAGGCCCACGUGUUAAACUGAUGGAUCCUUGAGUAGCAAUUGACCCUGACAAAGGUGACGAUUCAUCCAUCGGGACGCCAAGCGCAGAGGGAUGGGUCUUUACAUGCCCGUGAUUUAAACACCUUAGCUGCAGCACGCCCCAAAGACAAAGUGGCAUCUUGUGAGCUUCGGGAGGACUACGUUUUCAUCACCUGGGUUUGAAUUGCAGCAACGAACCAUUGCAAAAUAUUGCACAUUUUAUUUGUUCAUACGUAUGUAUAUUUUGUUUGUUUUUAAACAACCGUUUGCAACACUUGAGUAAUAUGCAAACGCGGGUUGCAAUUUCUGUCAAUUUAGUUUGUUUACGUACAACUGUUUUGCAUAGUAAUUUAAUUCCUUAGCUAUAACGGGGACUGUAAAUCCGAAUUAAACGAUUGCUGUUGGCAAGAAAGUC